CACCACUUCCUAGUGCGGGAAUCCCCCGAAUGCAGGCUACAUGCCGAGCGUCCUAUUACCAACUAUGCCUACGAAAAACUGUCCUGCUUUAGUUGGGAUUCAAAAUGGCGCCGCUUGUCUAGGCUGUAGACUCACACUCCUGCAAAGCACAGAGGGUAUUGCCAACCUCCGCAAAUUAUAGUAAAGAGAACGAAGAGAAAGCAAACGAAGUGGCUGCCUAUGUGCCGUUUUGACAGUCUGUGCCACAUACAACCAUAAUAGCCCCGUGUGCGAGCGCCCAGAGUUGGAUAGGUUCCGAGCAGCAGUCGAACAUUUAUCGGCAAUUUACCCUGUAAUCCGGUGUUUUGUGAUCCGAUUUUCAUCGCGGCGUGUAGUUAAGUGCUCAAAGUGCAGGUUGUGCGUGAAGUUGGCCGUUUUCGCGUGUCGAAAGUGGCAGAAAAAUGCAUCUUUUCCACCGUCAUUGUGCUAGAAUAUCAGGCUCACUUCGUCUUUUUUGUGUGUGCGAAAAGAAAAAGCAGCUCUGACCAGUGAGAAAGUGUGUACAUCAGCGCAAUGGUAGAGAUCAGUGAGGCGUGAGCGCAGGUAUCGCAGAGCUGAAGAAUAGUGCUUGUAAGGUGAAGUGAUCAGUGAGAAUAAUGAGCGACGAGCGCUGAGAAAUGCCAGGGCUGCUACCACUACCAACCAGCAUCGAAAGUAAUGGUACCCAGUGCUGAUGUAUGAGUGACGAGGUGAAUGAAAGCAAAUCUGCGAGAAAGUUUCAGCAGCAAAGUGUCAUAAGCAAAAAGAUCAAAAUAUGUGAAAACAAACAUAGAUAAAUUACCUAAAUUUAUCGUCUGCACCUAUGGCAGCACUUCUCGUGUAAUUAACUGUGCGAAAACAAGUGAAGAUCUCGUCAAUCAACCCAAUCGACUUCAUCUACAGCGGAGAAGAGCACUGUGGUUGUACAAGAGAAUUGCGCAAAGUGAAAAAUAAAUUGUCUGUGGAUCCAAGUGAUUAGAGGCUAGUGGUAAAUUCUGUUUUUGGCCAACCCCGUGCGCGUCUGUGUGUGUAUGCGUGACGGUGUACACAUCGAGUGUAUAAUUCCGUGAGUGUAAAUUUUAAACGGGAAAAGCAAACAUCGAGUGUGGGAACCAAAAAGUGAAAAAUCGGAUCAAAUGCGUUGACCCACCGGUUACGGAAGAAAAAGAACAUCAUCAUCAGCAGCAGCAGCAGCUCACGUGGCUGACUGCUGGGGCAAGAAACAAUCAUCGGACUCCAAGAGGGGCAUCUGAAAACUGACGAAAGUAAAACCAAAGGAAUCCCGAAUUUUCCCCGGAGUCUGCCGGAGGCCGUCGCACUUUUGCGUCCGCCUUGGCUGACAUCCGUGUCUUCGUACGCCAAUGAAUCGUCGGCAAUCGCUGGACAAGCCAGGUGAGCAAGGUAUUUUGUCUCCUCCGGGUCCAUUUUUAACGCCGAGCCCAUCACCAUCGGUACCAGCAAGCCCUCGGCUGCAACCCUCGCCAUCGCAGUCACCAUUUCAGCAGCAUCAACCACAGGAUGUUCUGCUAGUAACAAACAGCAACGUUGUAGGCACUUUGACUCAGGAGCCGGACCGGAAGCUAGGGAUCACCAACAGACGUCAAUCCUUCAAUCAGUUUCCUCAACAGCAACAACAGCCGCAACAGCAACAACAGUUCAGCAACAGCAGCCCAAAUGCAGGCACGGUGGUUUAUCGUCCGAGCCCAACCCAGUCGCCGGCCGGAGCGGCGACAUACAGCAUUACGACCAUACCUGGCAAUGAGUUCAACACGACACUAGUGGGGUCCAAUAACAUCUCGUUGAACAAGGGUCGAAAGUCUUCCUCAGCGAGUGUUAUCCACCAACCAACGCUUGUACAACCCCAGCAACAUACCUUUAUUCAGUCACAUGCUGGUCAUGGACAUGGGACAACUAUCGGUGCUCCUGCAUGUAGCCCGAAAGCGGCGAAAAAAGCCUUACAACCGCAUAUCCAACAUCAUCAACAGCAGCAAGCGCAAACUGUUUCCUUCGUUGGAAGCCCAAUUGCCAGCCCCAGUCCGAUUGCGAGUCCCAACGGAUCGAUCCUGGUUACAACAAGUAGCCACGGUGGUUUGGGAGGUAGUAUUAUUGUUGGCAGUGCUGGACAUACUCCCGGCAGGACAACAGCAACAACAACUGGUACAGGGGCAUCAGCACAACUAAGGCCUCCAACACCACAGCCUGUGAUACAACAGUAUCCUGUUAUGGGUGCCGGCAAUCAAAUAGUGCAAAUAUUCCAAGGUUCUCAAUUCAUUACCCAGCAACCUGCAGUGUCGCAACACCAGGGGCAUCAACAACUUUCAACGCCAGGCCAACCACAGCAGCUACAAAAUCGUCAAACGAUCAUAUCGCAAUCGCCCCAAACGCAGCACAUAGUUUCACAGCCGAUGCAUACGUCUCACCAACAGCAACCACAACCGCAGCAGUUUAUUCAGCAGAUUAUUACAUCUUCUCCGUCCUCAAACACAUCUCCGUCGUCAUCUGCGUCGGUCAGCGUUGCAGGAGGAACAGUCAUCAUCGGAGGGCACAAGCAAUCGAAAAUUCAUCAACAGAUCUUGCCCAAACCAGUGACUCCAUCGGUAUCGCCAUCGCUAGGCUCGGCACAUCAGAGCCCACAGCAGCACAUGCAACCAACGUUCAGUCCCGUGUCACUCAGUACAUCCAUUAAUAAGCCAAUUAUGACACAGCCUAAAACUACGAUGGUGAAUCAUAUGCCGGCUCAAAUCCAAGUAACACAAACACCUACAGGCAGCCAAUUCGUAACCCAGGCAGGUCCACAGCAAGCCCAACAACCACAACCUCCUACACAACAACCCCAAUUGGUAGCUACUCCGCAAACAACUCCAACAGCAACUCCAACUCAAACGGCAACACCACAAAAUGGAGGUUCAAUCAUCCUUCCAACUGGGAAUCUGAACGCACAACCACUUCUGCUCAAUCAAAUGCCGGUUAUCGUUCAGCAGAACACUCCACAGGGUGUCCAGUUGAUAUUAAGGCCUCCGACGCCACAACUAGCUGCACCCAGCUUGGUGAUCCAUAACACAAGGCCUCAACUUCAGCAAGCACAGCCGCAACAGGUCUUACGAAUACUGAACACAAAUGGGGCCAUGCAGUUGGCUGCGGCACCAACCUUCAUAGUGUCUUCUCAGGGAAAUCUUGUGCAACAGAAUAUACCAGGGUUGAAAACUAACCAAGGUGUACCGUUAACCCAAAUUCAGGGACUGCAAGGUCAGAGGCAGCCACAACAAAUUACGGCAGCUAUAAAUCAACAUUUGCUCAGUCAAGGUGUAGCCCAAAUUCAAAAUUUGCAGCUAAACGGAAACCUUACCCAAAUUCAGGUGCCAAAUGGAUUGAAUGGGCAGCUAUUGACAACUCUACCUGCACAAUUUCAACAAGGUGUAGGCAGCUUUAGCUUGCAAAAUCAAAACAUCAACUUGAAUCAGAUCGGGAAUACCAACUUUUCACAACUUGCUGCUGCAGCGGCUGCUAGCGGGGCAACGUUUACCUCACCACCUCCACCAACGGUGCAGACUUCAACGCCACAAGGUGAUAUCGUUAACACCCAAAACAUACAAUUUACAACAGCACAACCAGCAAGUUCCGCGCAUCAACAUUCUUCACAUGGACAAAUAAUUGGAAAUUCGUCUGUAGACGGGCAACUGACUUCUCAUUUACAAAUAAAUUCCUCGAUAACUUCUGAACCAAUCCGUCAAUCAGCACCAAUAAUGACGACGGCCAGCGGACAGCAUGUUUUCGUUACCGAUACGAAAGGGCAGCAACACCAAAUACAAAGUCAGCCCCAAACGCAGCAACAGUUUUUCAGUGGAAGCACAAUCCAGCAUCAACCUGUACAGAUUCAGCAACAGCAACCCCAACCAAAGUUUGAGAUUGAGAAACCCAAAAAAGAGCGUAAAAGUAAAAAGAAGAAAGUAACGCAACCUCCAGUAGCUACAGCUGCACCAAUUAUUGUAACUCCGAGCCCUGUGGUUACGAGCCAAGUUCCAAUAAUCAAUUCUUCGAUGAUCUCUUCUGUACCGACUUCAACGUCCUACGCCGAACCAAUGACGUCGCCUCCAACAUCUCCUACGUUAAUAAAUACUCAUACCUCUACGGGAAAGUUAGAUCUUGCUAAUCUAAUGAAAAUAUCUGGUAUUGGCAUUGAAGAUGACGAUUUUAUGGAUACAGAAGAACCUCCGCCUGCACCGCCACCUCCACCUUUGGUACAAACCACGACACAACAACCUCAAGAUUUUCCGAACGUUGUGAUACAGAACGACACGGCUGUAAAAGAACAGUUAAUGUCUCCUCCACCGGCACCAUUACCGCCGACUACCACCGAUAUUAUGAUCACCAUACCGGCCAGUGCUGCCGGGUCCAAUGUUGAUUUUCCUUACACGAUUUCGAUUCCUACUUCUGGAUUAGAAGGACAGGACUUCCAAUCAAAGUCAUCAUCAUUACCCGAAGUCCAUUCGGCAAAACCACCAAGUUCUCAGCCGCCUAUGCAGCAGCACCCACCAUCACAUGUGUUGCAUCAGUCUGGCCAGGAACCACCACCAUUCAUGAUUACAAUUGAUCCUUCUAGUGAUCCCAAUUCUGCUCAGCCGUACACGAUCUCAAUACCUCGGGUGUCUGGAAGUGGUCCAGAGGAAACAAAAAUGAUCAGUGUUGCAACUGUGGCUCCAACACCAACUGCUGGAACGGUUACAUCAAGCACUUCAGUGAUUACUAGUACUUCACAAAACACAUUCUGUGUGAAUAGCCUAAUGAACAAUGUACUAAAUACGCAAGUAACUCCAAACCUACAAAGUCAAAUCAAUGAAAUUCAAAAUCAACUGAUACAAGCUGCAGCAUCUUCGGUUUCGACGAUACCAUCUUCUGCCGUUGUGAUGAGCCAGAACUAUAUGACCACUCAGCCACAAACUUUGAUAUCAACAUCCACCAUAAUUACUCCUAUCGUGACUACGACCAUUACUGCACCAGUCACGACCUCCAUGAUCAUUUCACCGAGCAAACCUACGGUCACACCAUCUAAGAAGAAGUCCGGGGGUAACAAAAAGAAUGGCAAAAAGUUGGUUGACAAAACUCUCGAAACAAUUAACACUUCAGUUCCAACGCAGAUUGGAAAUAUCCAGAUCUCGCAAAUAGACGGGACAACGGUCAACAAUAACAAGACAACCAAAGGUGCAAUUAACAAUCAGAUUCAAAUCACGCCCAUACUGGAUACUAAAACACCUGGACAUCACUUUCAAACAAGCAUGCAACAACCAGCUCCAGUGCAGAUUAAUCCAACGCAUGUUGUUCAGCCACCGCAGGCUAUCCAAGCUAUACCCAAUCAAUCUCCGGCUGUACCUCAACCAGUAGCUCAAACUCCCACAUUGCAACAUCAACAAAUGCAGUUACCAUCGGCACCUCCCCAAAUUCAACAAACGUCGUCUGCACAAGGAAUUCUGUCCCAACUCACGGGUGCAUUGAGUCUGUCCCUCGCGGAGAAUGGCCAUCUAAUACUCAAACAUGACAUCAACAGUCCCCAGGACAGCCAAUCUCAGAUGAUACUACAAGCAAUUUUAUCCGGUGCUUUAGGGAACGUUAGCCUAGUGAAUGAACCAUCUAAACCCACACCACCGUCGAAUCCAGCUCCAAUAGUAUCCCAGCCAGCACCAGUGGCAGCUAUUCAGCAGCCUCCUAAAAACAUAGCUACUGUCAGUGGACAAAUACAGCAGAAGAAUGUCAUUGUUACGAACACCCAGAAUCAUCCAACUGCUAGUGGACAGUUCAUGUCCUCUUUUAAUUCCCAGCCACCGGGACCUACACCAGUUAUUCAACAACCACAAUCGCAACAACAGCCGCCACAAUUGCUUCACCAGCACCACGCAAUCCAUACCCAACCAUCACAUGUGACUCAAAGUCUUAAAGAGGUGCGGAAGCAUGAAUCGAUUCCAAUAGAGCCACCACCACCACCUGCACCUCAACCUCCACCUCCUCAACAAACGAUAGUUAUCAACUCGAAUGCCCCAAAGCUUGUGGAGUUGCCCAAAAUUGAACCAAAUCAACAACUAUUUUCUCUAAAUACUCUAACCAAUCAAAUAACCCAGUUAAGUCCUGGUCAAACUACUGCUGCUCUGGGACCAAUGGAACGACUUCUGAUAGUUCCCACAGGAAUAAACUCUCAACAGCUGGCACAGUGUCUGCUGCAGGGCCAAAUUCAUUUCAACAAUAUUGGACCAGUAACGCAAUCCAGUGACCCGAAGCCACAUCCACCGGCACCUUUACCACCACAACCUCCAGCAAUGCAGCAACCAGUGUACCAAAACCAGCAGCCACAGCAACAACAUCAACAGCAGCUCGUGAUUCAGAACAAUCCAAAUUUCAAACCCAACCCAAUACCUACAACUGUGCCUGCCGUCAUCAAUAAGCAAGUGGUUAACCACCAAAUUAAGGCGGAAAAACCUAAACGAAGUCGAGCCAAAAAAGCCGACAAACAACCAGCCAAGACCAGUUUGGUAAAAGUGAAUCCGGUGAGCAGUGGUCUGCCACCCAACGUAAUUCUUCAACCAGGGCAACACGCCCAGCCAAUUUUGGCUGAAGAUGGCACCAAGAUUGGAACGAAAAUAGUCGGAAUGGUUAAUCCGAACAAUUUUGUGACGAAUCCAGUUCCAGCUCCACCGGUUGCACAAGUUCAACCCCAGCAACAAAUACAAAUUGGUAACAAAAUGCUGAACAAUAAAACAUUGACCACAACGGUAGUCACUACUGCAGGAGCCAUCCAGUGCAAUAAUCUUAUUGUGACUCAUGCUAGUAAUGCGGCCAAUGGAGCAACCGCUAAUAGCAGCAGUAAUCUUAGUAUUAGCAGCAACAAUAGCAGCAGUAGUAACAGUAGUGUAAAUGUGUGUGUUCAACCUAAUAAUGUUUUAAGUGGUAGCAGUUUAAGUACUAGUAGUAGUAGUAAAAAGGGAAAAAUUCAUCCUCAACCGACGACGCAACCGAUGAUGAGCCAAAUGCCUCCCUUGGUUAGCGUUAAUUCCGGAUCAGUUCCAACAACAAAUUCAACAAUUGGUGCACCCAGUUUAGUUCCCAGAGUCCAAACGAUCCAGUUGACGCCACAAAAGCAGCAACUUUUGAAAAACGUCCAACAGCAGAUUCAAGUGCUGUCAGCCAAACUACAAAAUGUGAAUCUGCUAUCGACCCUGAACAUUCCGGCAGACUUCGAUAACAAUAACCCAACCUACAACAAGCCACUGCCAAUAUUGACAAACAUCCAAGGUAUGUCAGAUGUGGAAAUCACACAGGCGCUUCAACGACUGUUCAUCGAGCAGCAGAAAAUUCUCGCGACUGGGAAGAUCAUUCCAACAAUAACUACAGGACAUGCCCUGCCAGUUCCACCUCCCCCUACGCCAAUUAUUGGAGUGCCGAAUCCCGGAGGAGCUGUCAUCAGUAAUGACCCCAAACCUCAGCAGGCAAUUGUUUCGCCCAUAUCCGUAACUCCAACGUCAGCCAAUGCGGCCAUUUACCAGGGUGGAGCCAACAUACAAACUAUUCCAUCGCCAAUACAAAUCAGUUCACCACAGGUUGUGAAACAAGAUACGAUGAUUCCUACCUCAUCGGCAUCAAACUAUGCGAGUACAAUUGUUACCAGUAGCAAUUCUUCAAUGUCGAUUACCAUCACCAAUAGUCUGCCAAUACAGCAAGCACGUGGAAAUCAGCCCAAAUUACCCGGUACUUCUGCUACCUCCAUCAUUCCUAUAAGUUCCACGUUACCGCCACAAACCAGUGUAACCAUAACCCAAGCUCCUCAAAUGAUUAGUCCAUCAAUUGUGAAAACAAGUGCAAAAAUUGCGCCUCCUCAACCUCAACAGCAUCAAAUCAUUUUGAACAACAAAAAUAUCACUCUAACGAGCACUCCUACAAGCAUACCGAUGCCUUCUUUAGUUCCGACGCAACCUCAUCAUCUGCAGUCCAUGAGCGUUACCAAAAUCGAGCUUCCACCAACACCACCACCAUCGUUGUUGUCCAACCAAAACCGGUCGAACACACCUAUACCGCCCCCUCUGGUGCCCACAUCUAUGCCCAUCAACCACCAAAGCAAGACCUUCACCGGCCAAUCCAUCGUAAUCGUAAGCGGUUCUCAAGCAAUUUUAACCAACUCAUUGCCGCAAAACAUCCCAGGCGCUGGUCUCAACUCCAAAACAUCCAUCAUUUCGACUUCGGCUGGUAAUGUCACCGUACAGACAAAUCCAUCGCUACAAAUUCAACUGCAACAACCCCAGCAACCCAUGAACAUUGUUCCACCGCCACUGAUAACGAUGGCUUCAGCACCUGCCAUGACAGCACCGGCGGUGACAACAACUACUGCUAGCGUCCAGCAAGUAUCCAGUGGCGUUAUGGUAACACCCGUUCCAACACUGGCACCAACGGCUGCUGCAAACAGCGGGAGUGCCGGUCCAGAACCACCUGUCUCGAGCAGCAGUGUUUCCGUUCCGAUUUCAUCCAGUAUUACCAGCACUGCCACCACCACCAGCAGUUUCAGCAGCAGCUCGGUGACGCCAGCAGCUCCGACAGUAGUCACCACGACCAUUCCAGGCCAUCACAAGCCUGCAAUGGUGGUAGCGCGAUCAAGUUUGUUCGAACGACAAAUAUCGGUAGAUCAGGAUGCUUGCACCAGACCGGACACCACGACGCCCUUCUUGAACAAACAGGAUGCCGUUAAGCGAUUGAUCCGGUACCACUGCAUGUACGAGGAACGAUGCGAGGAAAACGAGGAAGAAGAGGUUGCUUUCAAAUCGAUGGCCCAAGAGUUUCCAGUCAUCUAUAGAAACAUGGUGAACAAAUACCAGUACUUGCUCAUGCAGGAAUCAAUGCGUCACGUUCGAACCGCGGAGCUGAUGAUGGUCGACCGAAUGCUCAAUUCAGAUGUUGAGAAGGAGAUUCUCGAAAUGCAGCUGAAAAUCAACGAAUAUAUGAACCCGAGUUUGAAUGAGCUGCAUAUGAACAUCGACUCUCAACAGACUCAUGCCGUGCAUCAGCAAGGUCAUCCUCUACCUGAACCACCAAUACCCGUUACGGUUGAAGAAUACAAAGUCAAGAAAGAAGAAAUGCCAGCAAUGGAUUCUCCACAUGCUCUUCAAUAUCUGCCCGAGGCGUCCAAUUCGUGUGGUGUGCAGCCGAGUACUUCGACUGCUACCCUUUUGGGCAUCAAAACAGAAAUCAAAUCGGAAGGUAAUCCUACCGAUGAACUGGUGGCGUACAGGCACCACAGCUCAGCGCAGCAUCAUACUGCACAGCUGGCAUCAACAAUCACCAAAGGGAAUGCAGCAAGACCUUCGACCGAGGUGCUCAAGAAGGAGAUGGAUAGUUUCGAUGAUAUCGAGAGUGAGAUUACACCGAGUUUCAUUAUGAAGAAGUGUGAUGGUUUGCCUCCCGCACCAGUGGCACAGCAAGUUCCACCUGCUCCACCAUCUCUGAGCUAUUUCAAUCAUGUUGGAGAAAGUCACAGUGUUGGUCAGAAUCAGCCAACUAAGAUAGAUGCGUCCAGACCUAGUGAAUCUUACGAUGAGUGGUUGUGUAUCCAGAAAGAACUGAAUCUUCCUAGUGAAAGGCGAGACCAUCUGGUUAAGAACGUCAAAAGUCCGGAAGAAGAAAUCAUUGAAAAGCAACUGGACGACCUGUUCAAUCCCACUGAGGGUAAAGAUGGUGAAGUGACCAGGAGUCAAGUAGAUUCACCUCUCGCUGAUUUCUUCAACGCUCAUCAACAAGAUUCCGGUGUAGGUGGAAGCGCUGGUGGAUCAAGUAUACCGUCGGAUAAGUCUGUUGAGAAUCGAUUGGAAGCGUUGUUUGGAAGUACACCUCUACACAACAGGAGUUCAGAAGACAACUCUCCGGAAGCAUGUGGUGAAAAGCAGAACGAUCUGAUGGAAACACGAUUGGAAGCGCUAUUUCAGAGUGGUGAAAGUGCUUUGGAUAAUUCCAGUUUUCUACAUAAAAGUAGCAAUUUUGAAUUAAUCCAGACCCAGAUAACUCAAAAAAGGCACUGGAAUCCAUCAGAGUGUGACUGGGAAGAUAGUGGUAGUGCUGGAAAGAGACAAUGUCUGCCUGGGAACCCGAAUAGAACUCACGAUGAUGAUCACCGAUGGUUACUCGAAUGUACUCAGGCACAGAAUCAAGCUCAUUCUAGUCACCCUAUUGGAGGUCUUCGGGGUCAUACACAGGUUCAACAGGAUGUCAAUGCACUUAACGCAGGUAACAAUCAUAUGCUUAGUGAUAAUGGUAAUGGUAACGGGCAUAUACCUAGCACUAAUACAAAUACUAGCGGGAGCACUACUAACACAAAACGCACUUCCUGGAAUGGUGAUAUCCUUCUUGCUUCGGCGACCGGUGAUCUUGAUAUGCUUGACACUAAUCUGAGUCUUAGUCUGAACAAUCUCAACAGCAUGUGUGGCUCAGUGGGUAUUAUGACAAGUGAUGCUCCUUCCUCACAUCACGGAUCUAUCAAAUCGUCUAAAAACUGCUUUCAUUCGCCGGUACUCGGGGCAGAAAACUGUGAUGAUACUAAUCUAAUUGGUCUCGGCACUGGUGGUGGUCUUAACAAUUCUAGUCAUUCUCAUAGUCAAGGCGGUAAGCUAAACUAUCUCGAUCGUGAUAUUUUAGGACUGGACGGAUCGCACGACACCACCAAGCAGUCCCACCAGCAAUCGGUACCACACUCGGUGGCAAACGAUCUCCAGCAUCAACUGAAUCACAUAACCUUCGAUGCAAGUAGUGGUCAGCUCAAUUUCGACGAUGACAUCAAUCGACAGGUUCAAAAUGCAAUCGACUCAAUUCUGAAUCUCCAGAGCAACGACUCCGAUGCAGCGCUGCAUUUCUCUCUCGACCAAUCGUUUCUAGCUGAUAGUCCGCAAUCCGUUCAACGACCUCCAUCGUCGAACAAGCGAAAAUACCAUCAUAUCAACAGAAUGGACGACAUCAGUGAUUGUCUGGGUUCGGUGAUGGACGACAGCAGUGACAAUCACGGUGUUCACAACCAUCUCCAGCAGCAACAGCAUCUUCAGAACCAUUUCAACCACGUACUUCAUCAAUCACACAAUCAUCAACAGCUACACCAUCACCAUCAGCAUCACCAAGCGCAGACGGAUGGAGCGUCCCCUGUCGUCGACGGAGCCGGCUCAUCGACAGUCGAUGGAAGGACGAGUACUGACCUACCGGUAAAGACGAUAAUCAAAUCUUGACAACUUUCGUCAAUGGGCGGAAAUUCUGGCGGGGGCAUGCUAGUGGUUACGACUCCUUCUG